AUGACAACAAUGUAUGGAAAACGUCAACGCCAAAACGACAACAUGCCUCCAAUGUUUGAUAUCUACCGUAAGCCGAUGUUUGACGAUUCAAUUCGAAAGGCUGAAUACAGAACCUAUGCUCCAUUUAUAAAGUCAUUCAAUUGCAGUGACAUUGUGGAGUUUAGCAUUAAUCAGGUUGAUUCGUUCUUUGCAAUGAGCGAAACUUUGUUGUGCAUUAAAGGUUCGCUUGAAAUACAUGGAGCUGGUGACGUAAAAUUAGCAAAUAAUGUUGGAGCCUUUCUAUUCGAUUCAUGUACGUACAGUGAAAGUGCCAGGGAAAUGGAAACAGUUCGGGAUCCUGGAAUAGUGAGUGCCGUACGUACUAUGACUUGUUAUAACCAAGAAGAUUCCAAUCAUAUGGCUAUAGCCGGCUGGAAUUACCCGAAAGAUCCUAUUCUGAAUGUUAGCGACAAGUCCUUCAACCUUCAAAUACCUCUCAAACAUAUUUUCAGCAUUUUCAACGAUUAUUCAAUGAUUACAUGUGGGCGUCAAACAAUACGACUAGUUCGGGCACGAACUGAUAAUGAUUGCUUAUAUAUUACUGAAAAGAAUGUCUCUGGAACGCUCUCCACUACAACAGCUAAAAUAAACAUUACAAGCGUUGAGCUAAAAGUUAAACAUAUCUUUCCUAAUGACGACAUAAAAUUAAAUCUCAUGAAAUCCAUUCAAAAAGAUCAACCUAUAGUUAUUCCAUUUAGGAAGUGA